AUGGCUUGGGCCGAACCGUGGGAGCUGCAUCGAUUGGGAGAGUUUCUCCGCGCCCUCCAGCGUAGACAAGCCGAAGAUGAAACAUGGAUUUUGGGCGGCCCCCUCCCCUUGGCCCAAUCCUGGCAUCCUGAAACGAGGGUCGCUGGUAAACCUUGCUCUCGGCCAACCAGCAAUCCCGGCGGCACUCGCUACCGCCGAUCUCUCCGUGCAGGUCGCGCUUACCGCGGGCGAGAGGUCAACAUCGCUACGAUCGCACGGCGCCUAGGAAGUCCCGAUUUCUGCGUGAUGCUAGAGGUUACACGGAAGAUGAAUGGGCAGAUGCUCCGUCCGUCCCUGCUCGUCUUUCCUCCCCGACGACAAAGACAAGGCCAUUAUCAGCUCCCCUCCAAGCGCACGGUGAUUUGGCCCUUUGCAGCGGAGCGCAGCGCGAGCAGCGAGGAUGCGCCACGACACGGAGGCAGGCUUGUCUGCAACCAGGCCGUUGCCAGAAGUUUGAGACAAGAUUCGACCAAGCCAUGGGACCCGUCCACAAGUGACGAUGCUUUCAAGUUUUCGGGAUCCCCAAAGCAGCCGGAGCCCAAGGUGAUUGGCUUCGUAAUGAGCGGCCCAAUUUUUAGUUUUGAGAUUGCUUGUCCCUCAAUCACAAGGCUGACGAUGCCCUUUCUGUCCGCCAGCGCGAUUAUCUUGUUUUUUUACGAGCUCGCAUUGGUAACCUAUUUGCUCCCCGCGCACUACGUUGGGAAGCCACUAAACAUAAAAUUUAUCACAGCCGCCUAG